UUGUUAAUCAAUAUUGAGUUUUAUCCCGUUUAUUACUUAUUUCGCAGAUUGUGGCAAAAAUCUCUGUAAAAACGGCUGGUGUGAGGAGACUAUGGUAGGCUACAACUGUACCUGCUCAAGUGGGUUUCAAGGGAAACACUGCGAUGAACAGUCAACGCAGGUAGCGACGAACAAGCCUACGACGAGCCCUUCGACUACGAUGACGGAACGCUCAGACACAACGACUUCUCAAAGCGCCACUACCUCUGAGUCAGUGGAAUCAUCGACUACGGACGUGGCGACCAAGACAUCUACGAGGCCUAUGACCACGGUGACAGACACAACGACAUCGCCAGAAACCACCGCCUCCAAUUCGGUGAAAACGGAAGCCAAAACCAAGUCCGAGCCGAGCCCUACGAUCACGAUGCCGGAACGAUCAGAGGCAACGACAUCGCAAGUAACCACCACCUCCAAGUCAGCAGAAUUAUCGACUACGGACGCGACGGGCAAGCCCAUGACGAGCCCUACGACCACGAUAUCAGACACAACAACAUCGCAAGACACCAUCACAUCCAAGUCAGCAGAAUUAUCGACUACGGACGUGGCGACCAAGACGGCUACGAGGCCUAUGACCACGGUGUCAGCCACAACGACAUCGCCAGAAACCACCGCCUCCACAUGCUCAUCCCCUCCGGUGGAUUGUGAAUUCGGCGGGUCGUUCUACAAUUUCAGCACUUCGGAGAUGGAUCAUGCUUCUGCGGUUUCAGCUUGUUCCCAAUACGGAUCCCAUCUGGUCUUCAUCGAGUCGCCAGAGGAGGAAGACUUCAUCGCGCGGCAUGUUGAGUACUACCGGCAUACCUCGAAGACUUACUACUGGAUCGGGCUGACCGGCUCAAGUCCCAGUGAGGCAAGGUGGCUAGACGGAUCAAGUCCUACAUAUAAUAAUUUUAUCGAUGGUUCGUUCAAUUAUCAUGGAAACUGUUUUAGUAUUAAGUGUGGGGGUCAAUAUAGUGGAUGGUAUGAUUGGAAUUGCUCCUGGAGCAAUAGAUUCAUAUGCGAGAAAGAAGUAUAGGGACAUAAAAAUUGGAGUUGCUUCUUUCAAUUUUUCAUACCGCCUGGUUGCACCACUGGAUACAUGUAAAAUCAGGUUUUCGUUGCUUUGUCAUUGUGUGUAUAAGUCUAUCGGAGCUGUAGGAAUGUUUAAGUUUGUGAUUUUUGUCGUUCCAUGCACUAAUUUUCACAUGAAGAGCACUGAAAAGAUUGUUACGGAGGUGUUAAUUUAUGGUGUUUAAAAGACGGAGCACUUUUCAUCUUUACAUUCAAGCAAUUCGAAAUAAUCAUAUUAAUGACUAGAAUCAGUGGCGGUUUGUUCUUUUUGUGUUUUAUCGAAUUUCAUUUUUAUUACCAAGAGACUUUAUUCAAACUUCAUUGUAUAGUAAUAGUUAGUGCUUCACGAAAUGAUGAGACGUCAAAAAAUAUUUGAUUACAACAUAAAAGUGCAGUUUGUGUAGUAAAGUAUUUAUAGGGUCCAUGAUACAAAUAUACAUACCUGUAUACAUAAUUAUACUUACUUAUACAUGUACAUGUAAAUACACAUACACAUAUACAUAUGCAUAUACAUAUCUGUCUGUGGUCUCGAGUAAUGAGCUUAUACUUCAGAUACGACUAGAACUAGUGGAUAACGAAAACAAAUAUUGUAACGUCAAUGUGUCAAAACACACGGCAGUUUAUGACUUUAUUUACUUGUUUUAAGUUUCAAGUUAAUUUUAUUCUAUAC